AUGAAGAAAUCAAAAAAUUAUAUCAACUUAUUUUUACUUAGUUCUACAAAUUCACUAAUUUUGCUGAUAUUUAUGGAAAUAUUUUUUUUUUUAUUGGAUGGCAUAAAUACAUUUGAAUUUAUAAACAUCCAAGAAAGGAUAUCUCAAAUAAUUUUGUGCACUUUUCUUGUUAUACAGGUAGGAGUCUUAAAAGUUGCAGAAGUAUUUUCAAAAAAUAAUAAGGGAAAACAAUUAGUUAUUAUACAUUAUUUUUUUAUUAUAUAUAUUUUUCUGUUACCUUUAUUAUCUUUCCUUUUACUUACAUCUGCUUUAUCAUGGACAAAAAUUGUUUACUUUGCGUACAUUUUAAGUUUAGCUACAUCAAUUAAAAUUAGGGGUCUACUCACAAUUUGUGUCGUUACCUUAAUUAUGGGGUUUGUACGCUUUUACCAUAGCUUACCAACUUCAACCAUUAUACUUUGCUUUACCCUCCUUUUGACAAUUCACGUUUUAAUAUGUGUUAUAAUUCAUAUAUCACUGUAUAUUUUGGCUAGACAAAUUUCAUACAUUAAGAAAAAACCUUUGCGAGCAUUCGAUAAUAUACAACCAUAUUUUCAUGAACUAGAAAAAAAAGCUAUUUUAAUCAGAAACAAUCUGAUUUAUUGUCAACAAAACAACAUCAGCGUGGAUAUACUAGGAAACAGCCUGUUUGAGAGCGAAGUGAAUGAUGGAAUAAAGAAAAUCAAAACGAUAAAUAAAAGUGGAGCAAAUUUGGAAGAGUAUGAUGACGAGUUGGUAAUGGUUGAAGAUGAGAUUCCACUCGAUGUUAGUGAUGUUAACUGCUCUAGUACGCAUACGUUUUUUAGCGUGCAUAAUAGUGAAGAAAGGAAAGUUUUUCAAAAUGAGGGAGCGUCUUCAUUUUCAGAUGGGGAAGAAUCACAUGUAAACAGAUAUAACAAUCCGGUAAAAGUAAAUCAUAAAAAGGUGAAGGAUAAGAAUAGCAAUCGGAAAAAUUAUUCGAAUAAAUAUUUUAAAAAAGAAAAAAACAUAGGAAGCAGUGCAAGAGGGGAAAAGUGCACUCAGGGUAAACAUAUUAUUAAGGAGAUAAAAGUGAAUACAUCCAAUGAUGGUAUUAACUGCAUCAAUGACAACAAUAAUGGAAAAGACAGAGGCAUAAAGAAUACCAAAUAUCAUAUUAAAUAUACCUUUUCACAAGAUUGCACUAAUUCGAACAAUAGGAUAAGAAAUAUUCCUACUAUUAAAGACUCAAAUAUUAAAAAGAUCAACAACAAGUUAGUGAACAGAAAAUUGGAUGAUUUAAAUGAUAAAGAUUAUGGAGAAACAUGCAAAAAAAAAAAAAUUGUUCAGAAACAUUUUUCCUUAUUACGUAGGGGACUUAAGAAAAUUAGCAGGAAAAGAAAUAUUUUAUUAUCUGAAGAAUUAAAAAAUAAUAUUAACUACAUUUAUUUUGAUAACAGUGGGAAAAUUAAACAAUCAAAAAUUAUACCUAUAUACGUUUUAGACAGACAUAAUUUAAAUGAUAUCUCUACAUACUUAAGGGAGAAUACUGCUACAAAAAAUAGAACUUACUUUAAGAUUUUUACUCUUCUUAAUGAUGAUACCAAACUGACUAUUCAUGAGAAGGCUAUGUUUGUUAGCUUGGGCUUGUUAAAAAGUCCAAACGAUCAAAAGGAACACGUUAAAAGGUGUACAUGUAAAGGGGAAAAGACAAAAUAUUAUCAUAAUGAUAACAAUAAGAAGGAAAAUUUUUACCGCAAUAAGUAUAGUAGUAAAAGCAUAUGCAAUAUGAUGGAUAUUAUAAAUUCUGGCCUAAUACCAAAUUUUGAAAAAAAAAGGACGUCUAACUGUAAUUUUAAGGAUUCUUCGACAGAUAACUACAAAAUAAGUAGUCACAACAAAUGGGAAGGGAAUUACCAAGGCAGUACCCGAAUGUUUUACCUAGUUAACCCAGUUAAAAAAAAUAAAGGAGUACUAAGAAUAAGCGAACAUCCCGAUUCUACGGACAAAAAAGAAGAAACUACUAUGCCAUAUUGUCAUUUCUUAUCCGUUAAUGAUGCCAAUACGUCUGUAGUAAGGGACAAUUUAAAUUUUUUAGUUAAUAAACCAGAUAAAAGAAGUACAUUACACUCACAAGGGUCAAGCGACGACAUUUUAUCUUCAAAGCAAGCAUUUUAUAUUGAUGAUGCUAUUGAUGAUUCUGUUAACUCGAUCAUCACAGGAGAUAGCGAAAGUGAAAUGCACACAUAUAAUACGUCUUCAUCGGAUCUGACUGCGUAUAAGAAAGGGGAAGGGGAAAAAAAGACACGGGAAAGAAAAGGAGCAAAAGGGACAAAGGAAAGAAAUGUUGACACAAAAGAGGAAUCUGGUGAACUGGUACUAACAGAGGGGAAUUCCUCCUCCCGUGGCGCAAAUAAAGGAAGUGUCAACAAAAGAGGCGACAGAUAUGUUGACAGAUGUGUUGACAGAUGUGUUAGCAAAAGUGAAAAGAGAGAUAAGGGGUACUACUACCGCUUCUCGUGCAAAAGGAAGAGAAUUUCCUACGGACGUGAAGAAGAAUCCUGCGUGAGUAGCAUCUUAAACACCUUUACGGAUGAAUCUGGGCAAAAAAAAAAAUUUGAAAAAAAGUUGGGCAAUAAUAUGUGCACAAAGUGCUUUGAUGUUGGUAGGAAUGAUGACGGGAGCUCAGAGGGGGGGAUGUCUUCGAGGGGGAAUAGGCUCGAUGUUGGAAGAGAUGGUAGUAAACAUGGUAUCAGUGGUGGAAGUAUCGAUAGAAUUUGCGAUGGUAAUAACUAUGGCAAUAGCGGCGAUAACCACAACGAGCAGGAUCAAUUCCCUAUGUGCACAAACGUGUCAACUACAAGAAUUAAGAAAAAGGUGAGUUGUUACCGCAUACCUAAACUCUCGAUGCGACUCAAAGAUGAAUCAAAAAUAAUUUCUAAAAAAAAAAUUUUUUUUCUUGAAUUUCAUGAUCAUAUAUCGAUAGAUUAUAAAAAGAAACCCUACAAUGCUGAAAAGAAAAAAAUGUGUUGCUCUAAUUGGAGAAAAUAUUUUUUGUCUAUAAAUCCUGUUAGUAAUAUUUUCCGCAAAAUAAAAUUAAUAUAUGAAUAUGUUCAGAAGAAAGAGAAAUGUUGGAAAAAGUAUAACAAUAUUUUGUAUGCAUCAGAAUGGGAUACAAAUAUGCAGGAUAACGAACUCGAAUAUAUAUUAAAUUAUAAAAAUUUUACAAAAUGGUAUGAUUAUUGGGUAAAGACACUUAAAUAUAAUUAUUAUAAAAGUACAUAUAUUUUAAAUUUAUUACUGCUAUUUUUUAAUGUUUUAUUAGUAUAUUUACAAUUACACUUAUUUUAUUUAAUCUUCAAGACAGAUAACAGUCAUAUGAAACCUCUUAACCAAUUUUACGUCAAAAGGGAAGCACCAUUUGAUAGUAAAUAUUAUAACAUAAAUAACUGUAUUGAUGAAAAGGUAUUCUUGCGUUACAUAUAUAUACGAAUACCUACACAGCUUUUCUUAAAUACGUUUUUAGUUCUACCAUGUGUGCUCAUAAAACAAUGCAGAAACAUAAAUCUGCUAAAUCAUAGUGCAGUUAUAAAUUGCUUUGUAAAUAUCUUUUUUGGGAUGAUCGAUAUUUCCUAUUCUUUAAAUGGCAGGAUAUACAACUUAGAUGAAUUAUAUAUUGUGCUAAAUUACUACAACAUAUUUGAUAUAUUUUUAAUUGGAAAAUUAAUUACUACUAUAUUUUUAAUCCCAUUUAUUACCAAUUUUAAUGAAUAUAAAACUUCACCAUUGAUAUAUUUUAGCUGUUUCUGUUAUAUAGCCACUUUUUAUUAUUCUUUUAACCCCUUUUCAUUUUCCAUCAAGUUGAUGUACAUAACAAAUUUUGUUCUUCUCAUAGCAACAGCCAUCUCCACUGCCUAUUAUUCCCGGCUGAUAACGAAAUCGAGAAAGAUGCUCUUUGUGAAAUACGUGCUACCCUACUUCAUUUAUUUGACCUUUUUAAACACAGACCCAAACAUUCGAAUGGAGAUAAGGGAAAAAAAAGCACCCUAA